ACACAGACCCACACAGCGAGAGCGACACACACACUCACACUCACAACUGCACGCAGCGAGGCUCGGGAAGUCAGGCCCGCUCCUUGCCCGGGCGCUUCCUCGGCUCCAGCAGGCCGGGUCUCCCAGGGGGCCCGCAGCUCGGCCGGCCGAGCAGCCCCGGACCAGGACCAGCUCGCUGGACCCCCGUGCCUCCAUGGGCAAACGCGGGCGGCCGCGCAAGGAGGCGCGCUGCGAGGGCUCGGGGCUGGUCCCCGUCGCGCCCCCGGCCAUGCCCCCGGCCGCGGCCGCGCCCCAAGCCCCGGCGCAGCCCGAGGAGCCGGCGGGGGCCAAGCCCCGGUGCCCCUUCUCGGACAUUUUCAACACCAGCGAGAACUCGAUGGAGAAGCACAUCAACACUUUUCUGCAGAACGUGCAGAUUCUGCUCGAGGCAGCCAGCUACCUGGAGCAGAUCGAGAAAGAAAACAAAAAGUGUGAACAUGGCUACGCCUCAUCGUUCCCCUCCAUGCCGAGCCCCCGGCUGCAGCACUCGAAGCCCCCACGGAGGUUGAGCCGGGCACAGAAACACAGCAGUGGGAGCAGCACCACCAGCACUGCCAACAGAUCUACACACAAUGAGUUGGAAAAGAACCGACGAGCUCACCUGCGCCUGUGUUUGGAACGCUUGAAAGUUCUGAUCCCGCUGGGCCCAGACUGCACCAGGCAUACAACACUCGGUUUGCUCAACAAAGCCAAAGCACACAUCAAGAAACUUGAAGAAGCUGAAAGGAAGAGCCAGCACCAGCUUGAGAACUUGGAGCGAGAACAGAGAUUUUUAAAGCGGCGACUGGAACAGCUGCAGGGCCCUCAGGAGAUGGAGCGAAUACGAAUGGACAGCAUUGGAUCAGCUAUCUCUUCAGAUCGCUCUGAUUCAGAGCGAGAGGAGAUUGAAGUGGAUGUUGAAAGCACAGAGUUCUCCCAUGGAGAAGUGGACAAUAUAAGUACCACCAGCAUCAGUGACAUUGAUGACCACAGCAGCCUGCAGAGUAUUGGGAGUGACGAGGGUUACUCCAGUGCCAGUGUCAAACUUUCCUUCACUUCCUAGAGCCCAGCAUGACAAGAGUGCAGGGCGAGAUACCCACUGGGCCAAUUCAGUACCGUCUCUUCAAUUGGGUUCCUGACGCAGUCUCCUUCAAAACUAACCAAAACUAUACUUGAACAGAAGGGUCAGAAGACCUGUAUUUAAGCAAAUACUUAACAAAAGUGGGGUAGAGCCUCCCCAAUAGAACAAAUAUUCACAUAUUGGAAAGUUCGUGACAGCGGCUGAAAACUUGGGUGUAAUUAUCUUGAGUUGACUUAGUUGACUUAAAAGAGGACAAUGGAGACUCCAUUCUCCAUUUCUAGUUUGCUCACGCCUGUUGAGUAGACAGCUAAGGACGGGGUUAUGAACCCUUCCUGAGCUUCUUGGCCCUAGAAACAAAAUCAGACUUAGAGUAAGGAAAAGACAGGAUAAUCAGGCAUUAAUCUUGGAUAGCUAAAGAGCUAUUAAAACUCAGCCUCAGUUUAUCAUGAAGCCUGUGGAUGAUCAAUUCUUUUAAAAAAUGAAUUUUUAAAAAGCUCAUUUCGUGCUCUACAAAAGGAGAGACUCCCAUGAAGCCUUUGGAAAGAGAUCAUCACGCAGCUCAGCUUUCUGUUGGAUUCCAUGCUAAGCCAGCUAACCUUACCUGCAUUGUUAGCACUAGGGCACCUGCCCACCCACCCGCCCGCCCGCCCACUCGCAGCCCUCCGGCAACAUAGGGCAGCCCAUGCAUGACAGCCUGUAUCACAGAAGGAAAAGCUCCAUGCGCCUCUGUGUCUGCGCCCAUCUGAAGAGCUGUGCACGCAGUAUAGCAGGCCAAGGUCUGAGCCACGGCAGCAUUUUUAUUUGAGAUUUUGAUAACUGUUUAUAUGUGUUGAAAACCAAAAUGACAUCUUUUUAAAGCUUGUCCAUAAGUAAACAUAGAUGUCUUUUAUAGUGGAAAAAAACAUGUGGGGGAAAAAAUCAUCUAUUUUGAUGCAGCAUUUGAUAAUGAUAAAACACCUCAUGCCUCACUCUUUAUAGUGCACAGAAUGAAUGAGGUCUGGGCUGGGUAGACAAAGGUCAAUGCUGUUUUUGUUUUCUUUUAGGAUCAUUCCCUUUUACCAGCUUUUAACCAUCUACUAUCCAUAGUAGGCAUCCUGUCUUAGUUAACAUAGUUCGGUUCAGCACUUGUCUCGUUUACCGUAAGCCUUGCAUUUCCACAGGCAGUCUCCUUCCUCACACACCCUCUGUGCAGGUGCUAUUGUUGCUCUUUAAAUAUUUUCAGAAAUGUUAUCUUCUAAGUGAAUUCUAGCCUGCACUUUGAUGUCCUGUGUUCCCUUUGUCUUUCAGACUCUGAGGUUUCCCUCUGGGCCUCUGCUGUGCUCUGGAGACCUUACCCCCAGCUGUUUUGACUUUGUAUUCUUUAAAUAAUUUAACUACCCUUAAUUACUUUAAAAAAAAGCUUUAUGAUUUUCAUAACUUAUUGCUGAUUUUAAUGGGUUGUUAAUUUCAGUCCUGUAGUUUUAUUUUAUGUUUAGAUAGGGCUGGGCAAGGAAAAAGAAAAUAAAAACAACCAUAUUUAGCAGUGCA